ACUGUUUUCCAUCCAUCCCUCCCAGCAUAUCACGCUCAUGCUCGGGACCAACAGCGUCACUUGGUCGCCUUAAAACUCCUCCACCCCACCCGUAGUCGUUACUACACCACCACACCUCCUCCUCCUCCUCCUCCUCCUCCUCCCCCUCCUCUCAUACUGCGCCGCCAUGGCUCCGGCGCCCGGCAUGGAGUCGGAAGGCAUGGAAUCCGUCGAGCCAGGCAGCUUCAAGCCCUUUGAAGUCAAUGCCCCGCAUCUCAUCUACGUAGGCUUGGGAUUCUUCAUCGUCAUCUUCGGCAUGCUAUCCCUCUUCAUCAAGGAGAAGCUCUACCUCGGUGAAGCACCCAUUGCAGCCCUUUUCGGCAUCAUUGUAGGGCCUGCUGCGUUGAACCUGUUCAAUCCGAGUAGUUGGGCUGGAAACGAAACUCGCGCACCUGGAGGGCAUAUUACGGAUGAGAUCACGCUGGAGAUCAUGCGAGUUACCAUUGCAUUGUCCGUCUUUGCCGUUGGGGUGGAGCUGCCAAAGAAGUACUUGCUAAGGCACUGGCGCUCCAUUCUCCUUUUACUGGGGCCCGUCAUGCUCUGGGGAUGGAUAGUCACUGCUGCCUUCAUUCGCGCCCUUGUCCCCGGUUUGGACUUCUUAAACUGCCUAGUCAUCGCAGCCUGCGUUACCCCUACCGACCCCAUCCUGGCGCAGGCCGUCGUUGGUGGACCUUGGGCAGAAAAACACGUACCUGCCCACUUGCGCUAUAUGCUCCAGUGCGAGUCAGGAUGUAACGACGGAGCCGCAUUCCCCUUCUUGUACCUCGCCCUCUUCCUCACCGUGCAUCGCGAUAACACGGGAAAGGCAAUAGCCGAAUGGUUCUACGAUGCCCUUGCAUACCAAAUCAUCUUCGGAACCCUCCUCGGAGCCCUCAUUGGGUGGGCGGCACGCAAGGCCAUGCGAUUUGCGGAGAGGAAGAAGUUCGUUGACAGAGAGUCCUUUGUGGCUCAAUAUGUCAGUCUGGCUAUUGCUAGCAUGGGCGUCAAUGUGCUGCUGGGCAGUGAUGAUCUCCUUGCGGCUUUCGCCUGCGGGACGGCUUUUGCGUGGGAUGGGUGGUUCACGAAACAGACGGAGGACUCCAACUUCUCCAAUAUAGUCGACCUCCUCUUCAAUUGCGCUACCUUCAUCUACAUCGGCGCCCUCAUGCCGUGGUACGAGUUCGCCCACGCCGCCGACUCCCUCAACGUGUGGCGCUGCUUCGUCCUAGCAAUCUGUGUCCUAGCCACAAAGCGCAUCCCGAUCAUCCUAGCCCUCUGGCGCUGGAUUCCCGACAUCAAGACGUUCCGCGAAGCCAUGUUCAGUGGUCACUUUGGUCCCAUCGGUGUAGGGGCCAUCUUCAUUGCCACGCUGGGCAGGACGGAGCUGCCUGAGGUGGUUAAUGAUCCACCACAGACGACAAACGAUGUACUCGCCUUGACUAUUCAGCCCAUCGUCUUCUUCUUCGUCCUGUGCAGUAUUACCGUACACGGACUUACCAUCCCCUUCUUCGCCUUCUCCAAGCGCGCCACGACCAUCACGAGGACUUGGUCGCGCAACCCCUCCUUCGGGCCUGAUGCGGGCGGGGAGCCCGGUUGGCUCAACCGGAUGCGCAGGUUCAGGACGGGAGACACGAUGGCUUCCAAUAAGGAGGUGGAGGGCGGAGGGAUGAGUGAGAUUCGCCGAGUUCUCGAUGCGCAGCUGGGCGUUAUUGGAAGGGGGGCCAUUGGUGGUGAGGCGGAGAAAGAGCUACGCGAGGGGGAGGGAGAAGCCAGUGGGUCUGGUUCCGGCUCGAGCGGCAAUGACGACGACAAUGCGGGGGGCGGCGGCGACUCCUCGUCCGGCUCUCGUCGCUCUCGCUACGGUAUCCUCAAUACGCGCACGGAGCGCGACCUCGAGGCUGCAGAGGGAGAGGACGACGGGAUUGACGGGAUCGACGACUGGGCUGCGGACGAAGCUGAGGACCCUGCGUGCGAGUGGGGCGGGGACAAUACCGCAGAGGCUAAAGCGUACAAGGCUAAAAAGGCUGAAGCUCGUCGUGCCCGCGAGGAGGAGAGGGAGCGUGAGGCACGUCUGCGGGCUGGAGGUGGGGAUUUGGGUGAAGCGGGCAUGGAUCGCGAGCUCGCUGCCGGUCAAAUCCGGCCUGAGGAGGAGGAUGACGACGUCCGUGAAGAAGAGCGUCAUCGGCUUCGUUCCUACGGGUGUGACUCUCGCGACGAGCAGGAGAAGGACCACGCCGAGCAAGUCACAGCCAAGGAGCAACACUACCCGAAAGCACGCUCGUGGCUGGAAGGCUCCAAGCUUCUCAUCGAGUACAUGGAGUCUCGCCUCGCCGAGCCCGAGGUGCACGUCGUGUGUCUCUCUGAAGAGGAGGCGGAGGACAUUGCUGAGAAGCAGGGCGAGGGAGAUGGAGAAGAGGAAUCCUUCUCCGCUGCGCAUGCGUGGCUGGCUACGCAUCGCGAGGAACUGGACGACCACAUGUCCGACAGGAGUCAUCACGAGUGGGGACCAACGAACGCGGCAUUGGAGCUUGUGAGGAGUGGGGCGCUCAGUAAGUGGAUAGGCGAGUCGACCUCGAGGGGCGGGAGGAGGCAUAACAGCGCCGCCAAGGAGCAGGCAAGGAACGACGACGAAGAUGACGACGACCGAAUGCCCCGCACCACCACGACCGACGAACGCGAACGCUUCCCACGCAGCGACACGUCGGAGCGCUUUUUCCCUCGCUCGGACACGCAGGACUCCUCGCGUCGACCAGCCGUCUCCUUCCUCCGGGACGACGAUGUCAAACACCACCGUUCGGCGCGGGGCAACACGCUUGGCAACAAUAGCAGCUCGUCAACAACGGCGCAGCGGUUGUCUUCUUUGCUUAAACCUUUCUCGUCGCGAGAUAAGGAGAAGGAGAAGGAGAGGGAGGGAGGGAGCUCGCCCGUGGUAUCACGGCGCAACUCGAUGGAAGAGGGAGCGCAACCUGGUCCGAGAACUAGGACGCACAUCGAGCGUGAGGAUACGCCCAGCGAAGGCAUUCUAGCCUCAGCACCCUCACCUCCGCCGGGUGGCGCGUCGACUCCUCGAGGUGGUGGCAAUGGGGGAAGCAGUACGCCUACCAGCUCGGUGGCUUUCAGUCGAUUGCCUACCGCUGAGAGGUGAAAAGGUGGGAACAUGAUCGUAAGCACGGAUUGACGCGAUAGACUACUCUAUGCCCCCCUCCCUGUUCUCUCCUCUGUAGAUUCACUCAAACCCAGAUCACAGACUCGACUCGGUAUACACGCGUCACGUCGCGUUGCAAUUCUGUACUUUUUUUGCUUUCUCUUCCAUUCCACUUCGCCUCACAUACACGCUCUAAGCUCCAUGCUCCCCGGAUUUACCUCUCCCUCUUCCCCUUCCCGCUCUCUCAAGGAUCAACCGCCCUCCCCCACUUUGCCAAAUCGAGCAGAUCAGCCACAUCC